GUACAUAAAAGAAAAGAUACGUUCAUCAAGGUACAACAUUUACAACACAAUUGAUGGUCAAUAUAUCAAUAUAAAUCAUAAGGAUUGCCAGCAACAAGUUAUAGUCAUACAGUCAUAAGUGGAAAGAGAUUGGUGAUGGGAGCUAUGAAACGAUUGAUAGUAGUGCAGAUUCAGUAAAUAGUCUGACAGUGUUGAGGGAAUUAUUUGUUUAGCAGAGUGAUGGCCUUCGGGAAAAAACUGUUCUUGUGUCUAGUUGUUCUGGUGUGCAGUGCUCUAUAGCGUCGUUUUGAGGGUAGGAGUUGAAACAGUUUAUGUCCAGGAUGCGAGGGAUCUGCAAAUAUUUUCACGGCCCUCUUCUUGAUUCGUGCAGUAUACAGGUCCUCAAUGGAAGGCAAGUUGGUAGCAAUUAUUUUUUCUGCAGUUCUAAUUAUCCUCUGAAGUCUGUGUUUUUCUUGUUGGGUUGCAGAACCGAACCAGACAGUUAUAGAGGUGCAAAUGACAGACUCAAUAAUUCCUCUGUAGAAUUGGAUCAGCAGCUCCUUGGGUAGUAGUACUCUGGAAUUAAGUUACUCCAGUUUUGAAUGACUCCCACGCUGUUGGGUGUUUCUGAAGAGCCUUGGAAACCUGGCUCUUUGCCCAGGCAACGUGUGAUUUAAGCCCCUUUUCUUUUCCUUUGUUCCCAUCUGGAUCUGUUAUUUUUGCCAUUUUUGUUCCUUUUUAUUUCAUGUUGUUUUCUUGUUUUUAAAUGUUUUUCAUAAUUUGUAGACCACUGAGAGUCUUUGCAAAUCAGGAAGUAUAUGAAUAAUAACCACUCUCCUAGAAAGAGCAGGCAAUACAAUUCUAACAUAAAAUACCGCCUGUAUCUUCCUGCGGACUUUUAAAGAUGAAUUGCAGGGGACAGAGCAGUGGUGAAAUGUAAAAUUUGUUACUACCGGUUCUGUGGGCAUGGGUUGGUGUGGGGGGGUGUAAUGUAACUGGGUGGGCGUGGCCAACUUUUUUGUUUUUGCUUUUAAAAGCAUCUUUUCUACAACCACUUCUGAAGGAAUUGUAAAAAAUGCUUUUAAAAGGCUCCUCUGACAAUCCCAGCUGAGUUGCCUGAUCGUCAGAAGCUUUUCUUUUCUUUUAAAAGUAUUUUUUCAGCUGAAGAAAAAAUGCUUUUAAAAGUUAAAAAAAAAACCUCUGAUGCUUGCGUGGCUCAGCUGGGCAUGGGGGGUGGGGCAGGGAUUUUUGCUACCUGUUCUCCAAACCACCUGCCGCCAUUGCUACUAGAUUGGGCAAUCCGGUCCAAACCAGGAGCAUUUCACCCCUGGGACAGAGGCUUGGUGGUUAAAUGCAAAUUUAGUACAGUAGGAAGUGGCCUUUGAGAUCAUUUGAUUCCAAUUCCUGCUUGGACUCCGAAGCAUUAGAAUUUUACAUUAUCCUAAUUUAAACAGUAUGUGAAAUAGGUUCUGUUAACAUACGCUAUAUGCAACCCAAGGAUCUGAAUUGGUUUUUAAGAUUUAUGUAUAGUUAUGCAUAGGAGCAUCAAGAGUUCAGCUACAUAGAAUAGUCUUUCUUCUCAAGCAGUAACAGUUGUGUUGUGUUCUGUUUUGUUUCAACUGAUCAAAUGAUUUGCCAAAUAUUAGUUUCAGUUUUUGACUAGUCAUAGUUACAUUAAAAACAUUGGGUGUCUGCACUGCACUAUGUGGAUGUCAUUGGUUUGAUUUGCAAAACAAUACUAAUUGGAUUGUACUUUCUUCCAAAGGAUCCUUGGAAAAUAGAAUUACAGUUAUAUGGUUCCUGCUUUUUAAAAUAUCUGCUUCUUUUUUCCCAGCCUUUGUUUUCCAUAUACUUUCUGAGAACUAACAUGUAGCUACCGAGAUCUUUCUCAGAUGUUCUCUUUUUUGUAGUUAUUAGUAUACCAGAAUUGUAAUAGGCACAAGAGAAAGCAAUAGUUUUAAUGCAGUAGUACAUAAAUACAGCAUUGUAGUAACCAACAAAUAAGCUGGUUACAAAUAAUUGGAGAUACUAGUCUGGAAACCAUUAAUUUGGGAAAGAUGAUUUAGGCUGAUAAUAACCUUGAUAUGUGGAAGAUGGUGGAAAAAAUGCUUCCCUUUUCUACUUUGUACCUUAACUGGUGACCAGUGAGAAAAAAGCUAUGCUAAUAUUCAGGUUUCCUUUCUGCAAGGCUGACUAGCAGCUGCAUCAGGCAGUUUUACCCAGGCAGUAAACAUUAACAGGGAUGUGAGAAGAGCAAAGAGUGAAAUAGAUUCCUCAUCACUUUUUAUUAGGAAAGUUCUGUCAGUUAAAUAUUGCAUCCUGCAAAGUGAACUGGGGGAAAGUAGAAAAAUGCACCAGAAGUGGGCUACAAUCAUCUUUUUUGAGGCACUCCUAUGCAGAUGCAGUUUCAUUUAAAAAAAACUGUUACAGGCACAGUGCAUGAAAUAUGAAAUAUUGGCGAUGACAUAUCACCAAUAUAUUGAUGAUACGCAUCUAUAUAUAUCUCUGUCCCAGGUGAAAUAAAUGUUGGAGUGUAUGAAGGGUCUGGAUGGGGAACAACAGACUUCAACUGAACUCCAAUAAGACAGAGUGGCUGUGGGUGGCCCCUUCUAUAUCCAGGAGUUUAUUAUCCUUGGUCUUGAAUGGGAUUGCACUACUCCAGACAGACCAGGUAUGUAACUUGAGGGUCUUCUUGGAUUUAUAGCUCCUGCUCAAAGAACAACUGCCUGUGGCCAGGAUGCCCUUUGCCGAAUUCCAUGUUGUGUGCCAAUUACAUCCUUGCCUGGACUGGGAGUCUAAAUCUGGUCACUCAUGCCCUGAUUGGACUAUUACAACAUUUUCUACAUGAGGCUGCCCAGAGGUGAAAUUUACUUACCUUCCCUACUGGUUUGUCAAUGCGCGCACUCGCAGCAUGCACAAAACAGCCUGUGCCUGCACAGAGGCUUAAAAUGUUGCAAAAAAGGCAACAUGACAUCACCGUGGAUGGGCGCAGCUCCCGCAGCUGCCGCUACUAGUUUGCCUGAGAUGGAUAGAACUGGCUGGAUUUCACCCCUGAGGCUACCCCUUAAAAGUAUAUGGAAGCUUCAGCUGCUGCAGAAUGUGGCUGCAUGAGUCAUACUGGGGGCCUAAAUAAGGGCACAUAUAACACUCUUGCUCUGUGAACUGCACUGGGUACCAGUUUGCUUCCAAGUCUAAUUCAACGUGUUGGCCAUCACCUAUAAAGCUACCUACAAAACCGACUUUGCCAACUCUCAUCAGUCCAUCUGGCUGGUGAAGCAUGGAAGGUAUGCUACAGAUCCCAUCAGUCAAAGAAUUUUGACUGGUGGGGUCUAGGAAGAGAGCCUUCUCUGCCACUGCCACUGCCACUGCUUUGUGGAAUAUCUUGCCCCAAGAGGUAAGAAAAGCCCCCAAUCACUUGGCCUUUCGCAAAGGGUCAAAACAUGGCAUGGCCUUACGCGGGGAGUACAGAGGGCUCUGAAACCAUGGGGCUGGCUAGUCCCUUGAGAGUCCCCCUUCCUGUAAUAAUCUUAACACCAUAUGGCCAUCUUAGUAUUCUGCCCCCUUUUUUAUGUUUAAUUGUCAUUAUUCUUUUUAAUUUUGAAUUUUUUAACCUAAUUUAAUUUUUAAUUUCUAAUGUUAAUUUUUACCCUCCUUGAGGCUGAUGGGUCAUUUAGAAAUAUGAAAUAUAAAUAGAUAAUAAAUAGUAUGUUAAUGAAAACAAAAGCAGAAUAUUUGUAAUUUUUUGCUGUUUUUCUGGCGGUUUCCUGCAUUAAAUUAGAAGUUUCCUUCUAGCUAAUUCGGUUACACAUAUAGUACACAUUGUGUCUAUAUGUAACAUUUCUGUAAUACAGUAUUAAAUUACUAGAAUGGGCCACUUGAUAAAAAUCUGCUCUUUUUGCUAGUUCAAACGGUUCUCUUUCUGAUCACUUGCUCUAUCCAAGGAAACUUCAUGCUAAGGGGAAAAAUACAUAGGAUUAGAAUAAAGAAAUUGGAAAUUGGAUUAAAGCUCAAUAGUGCAUAAAGUAGCUAUUAGGGGUGAGGUUGAGGUUGUUGUUUUUAAAACAAACAACAUAAGCAAUGCUGAUCUCUGUUUUUUAGGCUAGUAACAUAUUGAAUUUUGCACUCUUGAAUGAUUUCUGGCUAAUUUUCUGGAAGUGCGCGUGGUACAGUCAUUGUUCUCAAAUUCUAACCUUGGAAGGGUUGUAUCCCGCAGAGAUAAGAACAUGCGGCUCUACAGUUACAGCUGUAUUACAACUCUCAGGUCAUUUUCUCAUUGGUCAUUUGGCAAAAGUUACUGGAAAUGAAAAGUUUAAAGCCAGUAGUAGACUUCUCAGACCUCAAAGUAGAUGGUGAUUUGUAAAAUAUCACAGGGGUGGAAAAUCUGCACAUUCAUCCUGUAUAAAGGAAGAUUAAUGUCAAACCUCUUAGCAUCUACUAUCAACUAGUUUGUUGCCUGUUUUCCUGUUUCAGAAGAACUUACAGAUGUCCCAGCCUCGUGUUACAUUAAGUCCAUCCCAAGCUACAGAUAACCCAAAUAGUUUUAAAGAUACUCGCAAUGAAAAGAUUGCUAAUUUUCAAAUCACCCUAGGACCAUGCACAUGGCCAUCUCACACUCUUUCAUGUAACUGUUGUGGCCUGUCGGCCCCUCCAGCAACUGAAUCAGACUAGGAGGAGGUGGCAUGGGAGUCAGGGACAGCAUCAGGGCAACCUGGGAACUCCGAGGGGGAAGAGGGAAUGGAGCUGGCAGAGAGAGACAGAGAUGGAGUCUGGGCCCUCCAUCAGCCCUCAGAUGGGGAGUCAGCAGUCCCCAGGUCUGGAGGUGGUUGAUGAAGAGGAGGAGGAACAGCAGCUGGGUCCAGUGUCUGAUGCGCAGCUGCACAGAAGGCAGAGAAGGGGAGAGCAAGGGAAAGCUGUGGGCCAAUCCUGGGGAAGGAAGAGCGACUGCUGCUAAUGAGGACCCACUCUAGCUCUAGGGAUAAAAGGAAGGGGACAGACAUGAAUAGGUGUGUGAUCCUGUGAGAAAAACUUUUUGCCAGGAUUGCCGGCAUUCCUAAUAAAGGAAUCUUUUGAGUUCACGUCAGAGGGUUUGUCAUGUUUGGGGAGCUAGGUCAGAACAGUAACAUGCCUUAGUCUCAAAUUCCAAUUUCAGAAAUCCAAAAUGUCAGUCAUUUCAGGUGUGGACAAAAAGCAAAGUGCCAGAUAAACUACCAAUCCUCACUAGUGGGUGCAGUAGCAUAACAACACAUAUAUGCCACAUUAAUUUCCAAUGCUUAACUCAAGCUUAAUGGUUUAGGGAAACUAUUUAUUUUGUCCUUCAUCUUUUAAACAUGGCACUGGCUUUCUUUGCAUAAUUAUUAGGAUUCAAAAAUUACUGGGAAUGCUGCAGGUUAAGCAAGUUUGGCCUAUCCAUAUGAUGCUUCCUCCACCUCCAAGAAACAAAAAAAGAUUUUGGCUAAUUUAACGUCAGUUUUCCUCUUGGUCUAGAAAUCAGCUAAGUGAUCUGGUUUACACAUUUUCCUAAUCUAUAAUGUAAUUGGUACCUAGUAUGGUUUUCAAUCAUGGUUUAUAUUUUUAUUAUGCAAACCCAACAAUUGAGGAGUGUAUUGAAUCACAAUUGAAGGCACCAUUACUUAGCAUAAUGAACCAAUCUGGUCAGACAAUGAAGGCAAAUCACUCCAAUAGUUUACUUAAGGGACAGAUUUGGUUUCAGCUCAGUGCAUUAUUUGAACUUGGUCAAUAUAUAAAAUGUAAUUUAAGCAAGCAAAUUUACUUAAAAUAUAUUUGUUUAUCCAGUCGUACAAUCACAAUUUAAUCUACUCAGCAUUGUAAUUAUUGCAAAGCUGCUUUAAAAAAUUGCAGGAUGGUUAUUAAAUAAAAGAUAAGUAAACUUAUCUUUUGUCUUGUUUACCAGCCUGAGUUUUACCAAUCACAGCCAAGAGUAUUAUGGACAUAUUUAUGCAUUUCAAACUACAAGAUGAUGAGCUAAGAUUUUGCUCUAAAUGUCAAAAGAGUUUACAGCUCUUCAAGUUAAAUUUGCUCCCGCUUUCUUGGGUUCUCGAUCCUUCCCCCCCUCCCAAAUAUAAUAUAUAAUCAUAUGAUAUAGUAUAAUAUAAUUAAAAAGAGGAAACCAAUUAAGUGUAAUUAAGGAGUAUAAUUAAGAAGGUGAAAAUAAUUUUGUUGCCAAACCUGUAUUUUUUAAAAUAUGCUAGCCUAUCAGUUUUAAGUAGCUUGGAGACUGAUGGGUGAUAGGAUCAGCAUCAAAUUCGCUUUCUCCCUAAAACUGAGCAGGCACGGUCUUCGUACUCCUGUAUUUGUCUCUGGUGAAAUGAGACACGAUGUCGUCUGUCAAAGUUGAAUACGUUGUGCCAGUGAACUGCAAGAUUGGAGAAUCGCCUGUAUGGGAGGAAAAGGAAAAUUCCCUUCUUUUUGUAGAUAUAACUGGCCAAAAGGUCUAUCGGUGGAAUUAUCUAACUAAAGAAGUGCAAAGUAUUUCUGUGGAUGCCCCAGUGAGCACUGUAUCACUUCGUAAAUCUGGUGGCUACAUUAUUACACGGGGAACCCAGUUUGCAGCUCUUGACUGGAAAAAGAAGUCCAUUACCACCAUUACUGAUGUGGAGAAGGAAAAACCCAACAACCGAUUCAAUGAUGGGAAAGUGGAUCCUGUAGGAAGACUUGUUGCAGGUACGAUGUCUCAGGAGAUUCGUCCUGCGGUGGUUGAGCGGCACCAGGGCUCACUCUACACUCUCUUUCCCGACCAUUCUGUGGUAAAACAUUUUGACAAGGUGGACAUCUCCAACGGUUUGGAUUGGUCUCUGGAUCACAGAACCUUCUUCUACAUCGACAGCCUUUCAUACCACGUUGAUGCCUUUGAUUACGACCUGCAAUCCGGGAAGCUUUGCAACCGCAGGAGCAUAUAUGAAUUGGAAAAGGAAGAGUCCAUUCCUGAUGGGAUGUGUAUCGAUACAGAGGGGAAGCUUUGGGUGGCCUGUUAUGGUGGAGGACGGGUAAUUCGUAUAGAUCCUGAAACAGGAAAAAGAAUUCAGACAGUGAAGCUGCCUGUAGACUAUACAACUUCUUGUUCUUUUGGUGGAUAUGAUUAUUCAGAACUGUAUGUCACUUCAGCUUCUGCUGGACUGGAUGAGUCGUCUCUCAUACGACAACCUCAGGCUGGUGGCGUUUUCAAGAUUACUGGCCUUGGGGUGAAAGGAAUCCCACCAUAUUCAUAUGCAGGUUAACACAUACCCUUGAAGACGCAAAUCUCAAAACAAGGACGGAAGGAAAUGACAACAUUGCACCACUGCACAGUUUAUCUGUCUCUAUAAAAGGAUGGUAGACCAAGUACAGGAAAAAACUCCCAAGCCAUGAAUUCAGAUUUGACUUGUGCCCAAUUUGCUUUUUUAUUAUAGCUAAGUAAAAAAAAAAAAUUUCUUUCUGUUAAAUCAAUAUUUUUAAUAAAGUUUCAAAUAUAUAAA